UGGCUUGUGAUUGGUUUCGAACUCCCAAACAGUCCUUUGUUUUCUCUCUCUAAUUCAUCAUCAUCAUCAUCAUCAUCAUCAUCUUCUUCCUCUUCUUAUUCAAUUCUCUCUCUAAAAUGGCAACUUCUUCAUCUUCUUCAAAGGGGUGGUUGAAUAAUCUCUCCACAUACGCAUCUCGCAUAUAUUUCUUCCUCAUCAUCCUCCAGAUCCCUCUUUUCAGGGUUCCAUGUAGAGCUGGUAUGUGUACAACUCCUAUUCAUGUCACAUCUUCCCAGUUGAUUGCAAGUGAGAUUGUCCCUGUUGGUGCAGUGAAGGCACUUCUCUAUCCUGGAGCAGUUGCAAAUAGUCUCAUCAAGAACAUGACUUUUCCAAGCUGGAAUAAUCUGAUAAGCAUUUAUAACUUGACUGAUGUGAAGAGAGCUUCUGCAAUGACCGAUCUACAGCGGUUGGAGGUGCUUGCUGGUAGCUACUUUUCUGUGGCAGGUGCAGUCAUUGGUAUUCUAAAACCCGGGAGAAUGAGCAUGUUCGGAACACUUCUGGUAAUCUGGGGCCUUGUCAAGGAAGGGAUCCUUGGAAAGCCAGUGAAUACAGAUCCAACAAAAUCAAUUUUCGUCUACCCAACGAUGUUUAUUGCGAUGGUUUGUGCCUUCUCUUCUGUCAAGUAUGAUGUAAAGAAGGUUGCGAGAAGUGUCCCGGCUCGUCCUGUUGCAAAACCACUGCAGAGCUCUUCAAAAUCCAAGCUGAAAUGAGUCGAAAUGUAUUAGUGACCAGAAUGAAUCUCAUUUUUCCAUUGUCAUAGUUUGUGAGUUCAAACUGUGUACCAAAAAUUUUCUUCAUUUUGUACCCUUUUUUGUCACAAUCAUGAAUGAUAUUCUGCCCAUCAUAGUUUUUGAAGGCAUGAAGAAACUCCCUGAUGUGUUCUUUGUUGGUUUAGGAAACAGAAAAGGAAGUGCAAAUUCUGAAAUA